AUGCAAACAUUUAUACUUGCAUUAAUUGUGGCAGCAUUUAAAGCGGUACUUUCUAUAGACGAUAAAUUUUCAAAACUUCCCGAUGAGAAAAAACAAGAAUUGCUACAGGCAUUUAGUCGGUCUGAUGUGCAUUUGGUUCAUGAAAAGUUGGCAGGUCUACGAGAAAAAUGGAUCAAAAAAUUACAAAACGAAAAUAAUGACCCAAAACAACCAAAAAGGCGAAUACCAGACAAAAUGUUGGCGCCAAGGAGGACGGUGUAUCGGAGGAACGCUCCCACAAUUCGCCCCAUACACGAGAUAAACCACAAUGCAAAUUUGAGCGAAUUCAUGUAUCAAGCGGACAUUGUGCUAACUGUGCAACAAGCUGAACAGAUCGCUAAGGAUUCUAUGAAUCUGCAAAAACGAAAAAGACAAGCGUAUCGUGACUGGUACUAUCCUAACACGAUUUGGAGCGAUGAUGUUUAUUACUACUUUGAUAGAACAGCGACCGAUAGUAUCAAGACGGUUUUUAUGAAAGCUGUACAGUUUUGGCAGUCGAACACCUGCAUUAAAUUUGUGGAAAGUAUGUCUGCUCCAAACAAAAUUCGGGUAUUUAAAGGACAAGGAUGUUACUCAUACGUAGGUAGAGUCGGUGGUCAACAAGAUUUAUCAUUAGGAAAAGGAUGCGAAAGCGUUGGCACGGCUGCUCAUGAACUUGGUCACGCUCUCGGAUUUUUCCACACUCAAUCGAGAUUUGAUCGAGAUGAUGCGAUUAGUAUAAUUGUGGCUAACAUAGUGCCUAGUUAUAUUGAUCAAUUCGAUAAAGAAUCAUCUACAACCAAUUACAACUACGGGAUGCCGUAUGAUUACGGUAGCAUAAUGCAGUACGGAGCAAGGAGUGCAUCUCGUAAUGGAAAACCUACAAUGGUCGCUAAAGAAGAAAAUUACCAAGAUACUAUGGGUUCCGACAUGGUUUCUUUCUAUGAUGUAUCUAUGAUGAACGAGCACUACAAUUGUAAAGUUAAAUGUAAGAACGGACAAGCUGCUCAAUGUCAAAAUGGAGGAUUUCCUAAUCCAAACGACUGUUCUAAAUGUAUUUGUCCAAGUGGAUACGGCGGUUCGCUAUGUAGUGAAAAGCCAGAUGAUUGUGGUGGGACGUUCAACGCAGAAGCGGCAUACAAGUCAUUGAUAAGUACGAUUGGAGAUGGAACAACGCAAACUAAAAUCGACUUCCAAAAGUGCACAUAUUGGAUUCAGGCUCCUCCAGGGAAACAAAUACAGGUUCGUCUGGAUAGUUAUAAGGGUAUUACCGCUGAUGGUUGCAUUUAUGGAGGUGUGGAGAUUAAAACCAAUCCUGAUCAGUUACGGACAGGCUACAGGUUAAAAGAUGUCUCAAUACAUAUCAUUUCACCUGAUGUCUAG